AGAACAAGGCACGCUAGGACGAUGAGCGAGACAAUUUUCAUCCGGUCUGGUCGGAAUAAUGCUCGGUCGAAAUAGUGAGCGGUAGCGAGUGGGAGGUUCCGCCGUGCUUCAACUUUGUUUAAAGUAUAGAAUAACGAGCAGUUUGGAUUCAUUUAGCCAGCGCUAACAAUGGGAAAAAGCGUUCAGAUUGCUAAAGUCGGUCGAAAAGGUUUUAACAGUCGGAAAGCAUUGGCUGAUAUGGUCACUGAAUUCUUGGAAAUUAUUUCCCAUACUCUGCUUUUCAAUUAUGGUGGUUAUCCAGUUGAAACGUUUGAUACAGCCUUCUACGGGGCUAUUCUAAUACAUAAAUGCCGAGUGAAAGAAGUGUCGGAUUAUGUAAGUGGCGCACUGCAAACAGUUCAUCGAUGGAUAAAGUUCGAUGAGUUAUCCCAUUUUGCGGCGUGCAUUCUUGAUAAGGACAACAGAGCGGUGAUGGAGGUCUUACUAAUCAUUACGGAUAUGCAGUAUUCUCACUUUAGUGACUUAUUGACAAGUGAAGCAGCUGAUAUUAAACAACAGUUCCAACAAACAAUAUUCACAUUACAACGUGGGUCACAUAUCGAGAAUAUGAGAAGUAUCUUCCUAUAUGAAGAAGUACGCUUCGAAAUACGCACAAAACUUAGAGGCAAUUGCGAAACAAAACUGCAAAAACGAGCUGGAGAGUUCAAAUGGGAAAAGUGUGACCAGUGCAUACCUGAGAAUUUACGUCCUUGCGGCAGACGAAUCGACAAUAAACUGGUUGAGAUUGUUGCAGCAGUACGUCACCUGGAUACGUGAAAGGACAGCUGUAACUGUUUCUCAGAUGUAACUAUUUCAAGUUCCGCAAAGACCGCACCUGUAAUUUCAUCGCAUUCAAAUGCCCCCCAGAGCGCAUUUCAUGAGCGGUUAAUUGACUGUUCAUUUCAGAAACGACAUUGCUGAGAUGUUGAAUGCAGUUGUAAAGCAAUGAUUUCAAACGCAAUACAGAAAGUAACUUUAUUUCUGAAAAAAAAAUAGAGAGAAGCUCG